UCGCUGAGUCAGUCAGAAUCGAACGAUGUUCGCAGUUGGACGCGCACGCAGCACUACUAACUAGAUAGAAUAUUACUCUGUUGCAAGUUUUUUAGCAUCCCUGAAAAAGUGUGCCUCAGAAGUGUUCUCAGAAGAAUCGUGUACGGUUUUUCCGUGAAUUCGUGCGAUCCGAGAAAAGCAAUAACGAUCGUUUCGUGAGUUUUUUCCGUGUUUUGUUUCAUUCCGAGAUUGCCCAGUUGAAGCGGUGUGGUUUCCGUCCUGGGUGAAAAAAGUUCAGCCUCUCCCUGGUCAGGAUCAAUUAUUGACAGGACGAAUCAACAGUUGUGGUGGAGCUGUCAGUUUUAAGAUUUGCGCCCCCUUUCUGUUCGCGAAAGAGAGUGUGUGCGCGUGGAAGUGUUGCGUUUUUUGACAGACCCAAAGAAGUGGGCAACAGAGGAAACGCAACAGCGAAAAGCAAAAGCAAAAAAAGCCCCGACCGAAAGAAGAAAACAGACAAAAAUACACAUCCGGUCUGCUGGGCUCGAAAAUCGCACCUCGUGAGUGAACUUGAUCGGUGUUUGCAGAAGGAAACAAAGCGAAAUUGUUCGAGAAGUAGCAGCUAGAAACAUUUAUCAGCUAUUAUCGGAAUUUUGUGUGUGCUUUUUUUUAGGCGAGUUGCGAAAACAAGAUAAGAUUUCUUCGCGUGCACUUUUCGCACUUUAUUGCAGCAAAAGCAGCAGCAGCCUAUGUGUGCCUCUUUCGGUUCCUACGAACACCAAUGCAAAUGCAAAUGUGAAGAGAAGCUUAGAAGCAAAACGGAGGAAGCGAAUAAUCAAACACACACGCGCGUUUCAAGAAAUAGCAAAAGCAGCAGUGUAAAAGGAAGCUGUUUGUGAUAUAGCAAACAGGGAGAAGGAAAAAACGACUAACGACUUUGGUGUGAGUGUUGCAAGAAAAUAAGCAACAGCAGUGAGAAGCCACCAUAAUAAUACAGUGUGUGACUCGCCGAGACGGCUUGCAUUCGAAAACGCGAAGGGUGAAAACGAUUUUUGUUGUUGUUUACUAGUUUAUAAACAAUCCUGUUGAUGUUUGACUUAUCACCGUGUCACUAGUUCCGUAGCGUCAACUCAGAAGGGGCCCCCUUUUGCCAGAAAGGCAGACCAUUUGCUUCCCUUCGCAGCACCACGCAGACCAAGAGGAAGUGGCUGUGGCGGCUGUUGUGGAUGUUUCCCUCAAAACCCUGCCGAAGAGCAGCGAAGAAAACAAAACAAAACGUGUAGAUUUUGUCAAAUGUUUCCUCCGCCGAGUGUACGUGUGUUUAUAUUGGAGCUUGCCUUGAAAAUUAACAUAAGUCUCGCUUGAGCAGAAUAAUAGUGGCUGCUGGCUGGCUGGCUGGUGACAAAAAGAGCGUUUGGGAGGCAAACAAAGGUCUCGGAGUGUGUCUCAGCGCCACUCGAGUGGAGAAUUCUGAAAACGAUCAGCGCUCAAUCUGCCGCGUGUAUUACCAACAAUAUAAGAUCAAGUCAAAUUUGUUAAGUUUCUUUUUCGUGUGAAAAAAUUUUGAAAAAAAAAAUUGCAUCUAGAAGCGAAGUAGCAAAGUAAAAGUGCAAACAAGUGAGAUAGUGUUGAUCGAAAAAAUGCUACUGCCAGAAGGAUUCCGUCACGUCGGCGAUGGCCGGCUGGACGUGGACGAGGCACGGCUGCAGCAGCUGCGGGUCCAGCAGGAUUUGGCCGAGAUUUACGACAUCGAGGAGAGCUGGUUUGCAAAGGGAAAGUACGGCAUCGUUCGGCGAGCGGUGGACAAGAAGACCGGUGUCAACUAUGCGGCCAAAUUCUUGCGCCGCCGGCGUCGCGGUCAGUGCUGUGCCAAGGAGAUAAACCACGAGAUUGCGGUGCUGAUGCUGUGCGCCAACUCACAACACAUCGUGCGGCUGCAUGCCGUCCACGAGACCCGCUCGGAGACGGCACUCAUCCUGGAACUUGCCACCGGCGGUGAACUGCAGACUAUGAUCGACAGCAAGGGCCAGCUUUCGGAGGCGAAAACACGUACCUGUAUGCGAGAGAUUCUGCGCGCCCUGAACCACCUGCACAAACAAUCGAUCGCACACCUGGACCUGAAACCACAGAACAUUCUGCUUAGUGGAAAUGACGUUGAAGACGGUCUCAAGCUGUGCGACUUCGGUAUCGCUCGUAUCGUUGAAGAUACAGGUAAGAUAUACGAGAUACUUGGCACGCCGGACUACGUCGCCCCCGAGGUGCUGCACUACGAGCCGCUCUCGCUCCGCACAGACAUCUGGUCCAUCGGGGUGCUGACGUACGUCCUGCUGACGGGCUGCUCCCCAUUUGGCGGGGACAACAAGCAGGAAACGUUCCUUAACAUCACCAAAUGCCUGCUCACCUUCCCGGAGGAACUGUUCGAGGACGUAUCGGAAGACGCGGUCGAUUUUAUCAAGAGUACGCUCCGAAUCAAGCCAAAGGAGCGUCCCACCGUACAGACUUGCCUCGAGCAUCGGUGGCUCACGGAGGACACCGUGAGCAAGGCGAGCGAGGUACUAACCGCCUCCGUCAUCAAACAGCUAAAGUCAGAAAUUGCGGAACAAAUUUCUUGCCCAAUCAUCAGUCCGGAUGCUGUAAAAGUGUCUUUUGUAGAGGAGCAAUCCACCGAAGCACCGGUAUACAUCAAUGGCCAUCAUAAGACCAACGGAGUUCAUGUGGAGGAAAAGAAAGAUGAGUACCAAGCGAAACCCGCAAUAAAAGAGGAAGACGAUGAUGCGGAGACCAAUAAGGAGAAUCUCCUAGUACAAAGCAGCCCUAUUCAACCGGCAGCCAGUGUGGUUGAGCUGGUAAGUGUCUCGCUGUUUCCGGAUGCUCCAACUACGCCUAAGGUUAGUCGGAAGGCACCACCUUCUGAGCAGCAGCAAAACGGUCAGUUGCAUCACAACAAUCACCACGGUCACCAUAAUCACCACCACCACCAUCAUCAUCACCAUCACCUCCACCAUCACAGCCACAAUCACAGCAGCAACAAUGGGGGCGUGGUGAUGGUAAGCAGCAGACAAACGACGACGACGACGACAACUUCCCACCAGUCCGUCAAGGCAUACGUACAAAAGUUCCAACAGCAGCAGCACCAGGAGUCGACGACGGCGUUGAUGCUCCCCAUGGAGAACGGUUUCUGCGCAGCGGCCGCCACUCUAUGCUGUCUCAAGUGCACCGAGGAGACGACCACAGGAGCGGCUGCCGCUGGGCUGGCUGUAGCCGUUGCCACCGUUGCCACGAGGAAAACGCUCCAGUGUGGCGACAAGGGUAUCAUUUGCUGAGAACCGGCCCCCGGCGGGAGAUCACUUACCGGCGGCGGCGGCGGCGGCGGCUGGAAAAGCUAGUGUUUGUAGUGCCCUCACAAAAGCACAAAAGGGGGUGUCCCCGGAAUUGAUUCUGGCGAUUUGGCAUAGGUGUUAGCAGGUUUCCCGCGCUGCGGGAAAUCGAAUUCGAUAGUACUUAAGGUGAGGGGAGUGAUCUUCGAACGGGAGACGAAGAAUUGUUGUUGUGCCAGAGCGCUUCUCCAAUCGGAGGAGAAGUAUAGGAAUUUUGCCGAGCGAAUUGUUAGAAUCAGUUCACUCAGUGUCACACACACACACACAAACCGGAAGUCUACUGGUAGGUAUCGUGCUACCAGCAUUGAGGAUUCUUCAAAGCCGAUUGAAGUGUUUUUUUUAGCCUGUAAGAAUUUAGAUAGGCAAUAAGGUAUACCUAUUAUUGUAAUUUGUUCUAUUUUGUAAGAGCAUUUCUAUUUUGAAUUUCUUAUCCUUUAUUUAAUACAAACCCAUAAACAAACAACGAGAGAACUGGAUGUCUCCGUUCUGAAGUGAAAACGCGCAUACAUUCUUCAUGAGGCGUGGCAAAUAUGGCAAGUGUCGUAAUUGAACAAUCGUAACAUGUUUUUAUCAUCAUGAAAUUUGUGUAGCAAUAAAGUAGCUAUUCUGUUCUACUUAGUCAGUUUUCCACUACGAUAUCGGUAAUAGAGCGGCGUAGAAAAAAGCGAAGGUUGUGCGUUAUUAAUACAUAUAUCCGCGAGAUGCGAUCGAAUGUUUGUUAUUGUAACGUUAUUGACAAAGCAGCUCGAAGCUUAUCUCGUUGUCAGGAUAAUCAAAAUGAAUGCAGUCAACAGACCAACAAGCCUUCGUUUGUAUCUCUUCCAAAAAGCUGCAAAUAACGCUUACAUUUUAGCUUCUUAUAGAUAUAAAAAAAACAAUAGACAAAUUGAAUAAAUGUGAAAACGCAAAGUUAGAAGAUUUGUUCCAGAAUACAUAUUCCCAACCAAAUCCGGUGCCUUGGACAAAAGUGCAUCGUAGUUCGUGUUGGUUGAAGCCAAGCAAAAAAAUAAAACAAAAACUUUAUCCCUAACGGCCAAAUUAAUCGCGUAGGUACUCUCCACCUGUUGUUAAAGAGUUCUCGCUCCUUUUUAAAGUGUAUAACAUCAUCGGUCCUAGCUUCUAUCGUUACAAAAUAUUGCGAAACAAAAAAAAAUUAUUGUAAAGCAAGCAAACGCUGAAAUGUUGUUAACAGGUUUGAUAUAAAUAGUUUAUACAAGACACAUUAUCAUUAUUGGAUUGCGUGUGCGUGUGUGUGUUUGCGCGUCGAGCGUUUGUAAAACAAAUAUGUAAAUAACGUGUGAUGUGGUUGUGACUGAAAGUAUGUGUUCAAUUUUGUACAUUUUUAUUUUAUUCCGUUAAUUUAAUGUUCGGAAAUUCGAUUUGUAAUAAAACAGAUAGGCUGCUGCGCGACUGGAGCGGAUUCGAUUUAGUGAGAUUAAGUUUUACCGGCCCACAGUGCUUUUAAUUUAUUUUUCGUUUUACUUUUUUUCGUUUCAUAUUUAGAUGUAGAAAACCUUAACCAAUUGGGCAAACUGAAUAUGUGGAGAUUUUUCAAAUUUAUACCUUUCUGGCAAAUCUUCUCAUGCUCUCAACCAGCAAUUGCUUAAGUUUUUAAUAUGAACUUUUAUUUUAUUCUUCUCUUUUUUGGUUUUUUUUUAUUACAUGUUAUGUUCAGUAACAUUCGUUUUAGUUUAGACAAAGACUAUGAAACAAUGAACACAGAGUCCACACUUUCCCGCCUGCAAAACUGAGUUUAAUUAAUUAUUCUACCCUAGGUGUUAAGGAACGAAAAAGACAAGAAAAAAAAACAAUUGUGGAUUACGGAAAGAGCGCGAGCUGAACAGAAUGUGCGGACACAUAUGUGUAAUAUGUAUUUGUUGUGGUUAGUAAUUGCAGCAGGGAAAGAGGAAUAGAUUAAUGUACAUUGCGAAAAUAAA